UGUAAAAAUUCGGACACGCAGACACGAGACAAUGCAGCAGCCACUUUUACCUUGCGAUGGUGAAUGUUUAUUAUCUGAUGAGACUGGAGGAUGGGUGGAGCUUUGACAACAGCAAGACAGGAAGACUACACUGGUCUGCGAGACUUUCCAAUGUGUUGUGUCGGUGAGCGGCGGCGAGGGUGAAGCUUGGGUGUUAGUCCUUCACGACGCGCAGAGUGUGGCGGACAAGGGACCAUCCAACCACACGGCCUGGUGUUUGUUGUAAGAAAGAUCAGGUCAUGACAAUUCUCGUUCUGCUACACAACCUAUUUGACUGAUUCAGGAAAAAAAAAAUGUUAGCAAUGAAUCGAAGCAUCGCAGUAGUGGUGUGGGUGGUAGUCGCCUCGUCGUGGUGUGCGCGGGUGGCGUGGGCGUCAGCGGAGGGCGCGGCACAGAUCACCAACUCAGGCAGCAUUGACUUUAAUCAUCCCAUUGACGAACCUCUGGUCAUGUCGACCCUCACUGUCGGUGAUGAUCGCAAAAAAAUUCUGAUCAUAAACAGAGAAAGAGAGAGUGAUUUUGAAAAAGAAAGGAGAAGGAACAUGGAAAUUGUUAUGGAACGAGAGCAAGAAAGUGAUUUUGAAAGAGAGAGAAGAAGGAAAAUGGAAAUUGCUAGAGAACGAGAGCAAGAAAGUGAUUUUGAAAGAGAGAGAAGAAGGAAAAUGGAAAUUGCUAGAGAACAAGAGCAAGAAAGAAACAAUGAAAGAAAAGAACAGUUCAAUACGACGGACGAGUUGGUCUUGAACAAUCGAACCAGUGAUGAUUUGAAAAGAAGGAGGGAGCGUGUACGUCAAGAAGAAAUUGCCCGUGAAAUUCAUAAGGCCGAGGAAAGGAAAAAGGAAAUUUUACAAGAAAUGGCUAGACAUGACACAUUAGGCAGCAAACGUAGUUCAGCACGUGAUAACAAAGAAAGUGACCCAAGAGAAUAUAAUUCACAGAGGGAAAUUGAUCGAGCAUUAAGAGGUGGUGAUGCCCUGGAAAGAGUUGAGCGUCAACGUGUGCGAGACACUCUGCGUGAGGAAUGGCGUGAUGUCAUGGCAGACUCGGCAUUUGAAGGGGAACAUCGGCCCCGUCACCGGGACACAAUUCGCAGGAAACCGCCCAUUCUUAUCAUCGAACAAGUUCCGGUGAUAUACUCUGGUCCUGCAGACGCUGGUGAUUAUCCUCAAACUCAUUUCAAAGAACCUCACCUGAAUGGACACAGGGAUCCUGAGGCGUGGCACGAAGGAUCCUCUCAGACCAUGAAUGGCCAUGAUUUCGAGGGCACACGUCGAGGAAAACCAUUUGUAGACCGACGCGCCCCUGACCGGCCAGUUAUCUUGCCUCGCCCAGACACGGCCUACACUGACCGUCGCCCAGACCGGCCUGAUUAUCCUUACAAAUACGACGAAAUUCAUAUAACUGUUCCCGGCGACUCGGCAGAACACCAAACAGAACUACUGGACCCGGACUACAUUGACCACACUCUCCACGUGCUUCCGACAGAUGAUCUUCCCCAUGGCCAAGGUUCCCCUGCAGGUGGUGCAUUGCGCGGCCCAUCGCUUGGUCUGCACGCCCCUCACGUUCUGCACCAUCACGUUCCAGGUCUUGGCGUGGGUGGUAAUGCCGCACACACGCAGCUGGCGUUGAAGCAGGCAUUAAUUGCUGAGCAGGCGCUACAAGCCCAGGCCAUCCAAGCAGGUCAAAUCAAACAAGCAGCAGUAGCAGCCCACUUAGCAAAUCACGUUGCAGCACAGCACCUUGCAGCACAGAAGGUUGCCGCCCAAAUCAUAGCAGCUGGCAGUGCCUCGGCAAAACGUAAGGCAACACAAAUAAGCCAGAUCCUUGCAGGAGACGCAGCCGUCAAGUCUGCAAUCAAAACUAAACUUGAACAUGAAGCAGGGCAUCGUUUGAAGAAAUUGUUAUCGCUGAAGGCAGCGGGGGAAGUGCUGCCUGGGCCAGGAGUGGAGGUGCAGCUGGGUCACGCUGCUGUGACUACUCCUCUGGCAGCAAACACCUUCCAUCACCAUUUUUCCUUUGCGAACAUAAAUCAGUUACGGGAAGAGCUUAUACACAGGCUGACGCUCCUUAAACCUUAUUUUGAGAGAAGCAGCUCGGAAUUCGCUGUGCCUCGCGUCAUUCCAAACUUGCCCAGCGGGACUCAUCUCACCCCACUGCAAGUAGAGGCUCUUCCCAAGAUCACACUGCAGGUUCCAAAUGAAGUAGUGAAGCCACCAUCGCUGGACAUUCACGACUUGGAAGAACUGCGCCCCCCACUCAGCACUGAAUAUGUGGAAUACCUGUUGAGUCUUCCUGACGACCUGUUUCUCGUGGUCACCAAUCUAUCCAAGUCACAGUUCCUGAUGGCGUUGUUUCCGCGCCUCUACAGGGGUUCCUUCCAUCACCUGUCCUCCCCCACUCCCCCCAACGCUCCCCAUCACCCGCCUAUCUACUCCUCGUCCUCCACCACGCCCGCAGUCCCUUACGACUCGAAGGACAGGCACCAAUUACAUCCACCUGCUAGUUCCUACGGGCCUCCUCCUGUGAGUCUUUCUACCCAUACAACCCUUCAUCCCCUCACGCCCACACACACAUAUGGUCCUUCCUCUAUAUCGCCAGUUACUCCGGUGCCGUCACCACACAAGAUAAACGUCAACAGAUUAUUUCGAGGCCUCACUGUAUCAGGAUUUCAUGUGAGUGAGGAGCCAGUGAUUAAUCGCUCCAUUUCCACAAUACUCUUUACGUCCACAACCCUGCCUCCACCGUUGCCAUCCACUCUAGGCUUUGGGGAACCUAAACCGUCAUCCAUUAUUGAGUUGAGUGACUCUUGUGAAGAGUCUGGAAAUAAGGAUGGUCAUCAGCAUCACCACAAGCACGAGCAGCGUAACCAAAGGAAGCAUAGUCACACUCACAACACCAGUAGCCACGAAGAAGACACGAGCGGCCAUCAGCACAUCCACCACCACCACGUUCACCACCACGUCCACACUCUGGGGUCUGGUUUUCCUGACCCGUCACCAUCCACCACUACUCCCUCCCACGGCAGCGCGUACGAAACUAAACUGAACCACCACAACACUAAUGGACGCUUUUUGACGUCUAAGGGACAAAUCCCCCCGAACAAGGCGGACUCCGUACUUCGUCCUGCAUCCUCAGAAGGACCGUUCGUGGUAUCAACAACUGCUCCGCCUGUCGUGACUGGAGUUGGUCUUCGGCCCCACGGUAGCCAGCAGCAGUUUAUCACACCCAUAUCUCUCCCAAGCCAUCACCCGUCAUCCCCUUUGCCUGUCACUCCCUUAUUCUCUACUACAACUCCAUCUGUCCCGCUCACUUCAUCGUACACGUCUUACACUCCAGCAAACUCACACAGGAAAAUUCCAUCAAAAGCACCUGGCUUACCUAUUAGUUCAUUUAACCCAAGCAUUUCCAUCAGCCACAGUCAUUCACCCCAAGGCGGAUUCUCUCCCUCAAUCCCGUAUUUCCCCCAUAAGCCUCAGGGAACUAGCACAAUACGCCCUCUUUUCACCACAAUCCACCCCUAUACUGUCAGCACCACCACGUCAGGGCCCCACAUCCCGGCCUCCAACACUCCUAUCUUCGGUACUGCUUUCAAGCCCACAGUGCCAGCCACCUCACAAACAUUCGUCGUCACUGAGAUCCCAGCUACGACAGACACCAGCACCGUAUUCGUCUUGCGUCCCCGUGUCCCUCUCAACGGCCAGUUCCACUCAGUCGGUGAUGGCGUCCGGGACCAUGAGAAAUCACAGACAAAUGACUCAAGGGAGGAUACUGACUCGAACAAGAGUGACACGACUAACACGUCCCUGGAGAGGCUAACAUUGGCGUCUGAGGAGGGAAGUGGCUUGGAUCGCGUCCCAGGCACCGGUUCCAACGACGACGACCACAUCCUCUCCCCAUUUAACAAAAGGAAAGGAAACGCGACUGACGUCACGCGAGAGACUCCUCAGAACACAACUACCGCCACGUCACCUUCACCGGACAACCCUGUGGCUCAAAAGAAAUACCCGAUGCCGCAACUAGUGGGCGUGGAUGGUUUGCCUCUAAUGCCAUCCUCGCCGGGACUCCUCGGUCACACGUUUGGCUCGUUGCCCUUCCAAGGUAACGGAAAGUUGGCUGCUGACAGGCGUCCUCUGACCGACGAGGAGUUUCAGCUGCCAGCUUACCUCAAGGAGGCUCCACCUUGCUCCAGCGUCCCCACUAACAAGUCAUUCUGCCUCAUGCCGCAUGGAUAUCCGAGUGAGCUGUCAUCAUAUAUGGUAAAAGCCUUCAGCGAAGAGCUGGCUGAAAUGUGGAAGGUCCUCUCUCAGAUAAGAAAAUCUUGGCCUCUAGACACUUCUCAAGGCGUGGCUGGCCCGGGCGUCAACACAAGUGCAGAGUGUGAAUCUGAGAAGAAAACAGUGGAGCUCAGCUGGUCUCGUGACGUUCUAGGCAACUGGUUCGUCAUUUUACAAACGGAGCCCUUCACACAGCCAACUGAGGUCACGACUUGUAGUGCUGCUGCUCGCUCGAAAGGCUGUCGCCCGCUCUUGAGGCCCCGUCCGCUCCUCGCCCUGCAACCUUCAGAUCCUGAUCCUCGUCCCUUCCUCCUUGAGUUUCCUUUGCCCGUGGCCUGCGUCUUCCCUGAAUCUCGGCUGCGCAGAGCACGUUGGGUGACUAGAUGCACCGUUCCACCUCAGGUCUUCCCUGCCUUUGAUGAUGUGACCUCCAUGGACUCACCAGCGACGCCACCUUUCCCAGACUAUGACCUAGACGACCAGGGCAGCGACGUAGUCUUUCGCCUGGUCGACAGCUCUAUGAAAAUACCACCUAAUAAAGAAUACAAACCCUCAUACUCAGCUGAGACGUCAUUAUUCACUAAGCAGCGACGUGCACAUCAUUACUUGACGCUGCCGCCGGCCCACACAAGCACCAGCAUAUCCAGGAUGUCACAGACAUUUCCACAUACUUCACUUUCUUUGAGUCCAGAUACGUUAGCAGAGGUGUCAGAUGGAGAUGUCCUCGCUGGCGUAAUCCUAACACAUAACGUAAUGACAGACACAUCUAUACCCACGUCAGACGGCACUCCACCUUUGCCAACUUAUGCCGUCAUCUUUCCCUCAGUUAUCGUUUAUUUAUUUGCCCAAAUACAGUCCCGCUGUCAACUUUUGAAAAGAUGAGUUUCAAGAAGCCAUAGUUUUACUAUUUAUUUUUUAUACUGCAUGAUUCCUAAUAAUUAUUUGUUAUCAAAACUUAAUUCCAUAUGAUUAGUUUCCGCUACAGUCUCUUGCUCCUAAAAUGUGACACUUAUACAUCAGUAUCAAUAAGGAAAACAGCAGCAUGAACAAUAACAAUAACGACGACGACAACAAACAAAAACUGCCACUACUGUUAUUACUUGGAACUGCUUCUUCAACAACAACAACAACAACAACUACUACUACUACUACUACUACUACUACUACUACUACUACUACUACUACUACUACUACUACUACUACUACUGCUACUUCUACUGCAGCUCCUACUACUACUACUACUACUACUACUACUACUACUACUACUGCAACUACUACUACUACUACUACUACUACUACUACUACUACUACUAGUAGUAGUAGUAGUAGUAAUAACAAAUAUGACAGCAGUAAAAAUGGUAAAGAAAAACAAAGCGACCAUAAUAAAAAUUGUCUUCCCUCCAAUCUACUGUCUCAUGUGACAGUCACAGUAGAUGUCUGUGGUGUACGUUUGCUUAACGGUAUGAACAUUCAAGGAACUUUGUCAUCAAGAAUAAAGCAAAGAAAGGA